AUGGGAUAGAUAGAGAAGUCUCCUUAAACAUAUAUGUGCUAUGUUUUGUUUAAGUUUGUUGGUCCAAAAUGCCAUGAAAGAUAGGCCUUUUAAUUUCUUCUUAGUUUUAUCAACUUACUAUAUAGGGAUGACUCAUGGAAGUUUGAAAAUGAAUCAAUGAUUUAAAAAUCUUAAAGAGUAUAAACAAUGUUCUCAUCCAAUCCACUUUCUAUAGAAGAGAUUUUUACUUGUAGAUUUGGUUCAUAUUCCACAAUGGGGUUGAGAUAUGAUCCUACUUACUGAUAUUCUGUCUGAUGGUGUAGUUUUCAAGCUAACCAAAACAUUCCUCUUCCAAGCUACUUUCUUGUGUGGGAUGACUACGUAGUGGAGUUGUUCUACCACUCCUACUAUUCUAGUAAUUUCAGUGAUAUUUUAUUCUUGAGUUUCUUAAUUCAAGGGAGUGGUCAGCCAUUUGUGACUUAUAUGUCCAACACGUAUAACUAUCCCACUUUCUGGUCCAUAAAUGAUGCUUAACAAGUCAUAUUUAAGUCUACAUUGGCAAUGAGAAGCCUCUGUUACCAUGUUCCAGUUUCAAGCCAUAGGGGUUUUCUAUCGAAGGACAGCAAACCAGAGUCCAAUACAGGGUCUUUCAGAUUUUCUCUUUGUCUUCUGCUUGAUGCUCUGGUGAGCGAAACGAUGAACUCGAAGAAAAUGGCAGAGUGAUGUGGCAACUCUCUUAGGUUCUGAGGUUUGUAGAUGCUUCUUCUCAUUUCUUUGUCUAAUCUAUAAGCUAGUUUACUUCAUUCAGUACAAUCUUUAACGAAGCAAAAUGUGGUUGCUCCAAGCACUAUACAAACUUAUACUGUGGUAAGUAUCUCAAAAUUUUAUGGUCUUAUCACUGGUUUUGAGCUAUGUUGAUUGGUGAUUUUAAAGGGACUGUCUUGGGAAGGUCAUAUUUUCAAGCACAUAAUUCAUGAAAAAGUUGACAGAAAUCUACCUUUCCACCUUUAUCACAUGACUGGUAAAAGUUAACAAACUUUAUUCAGCUGUGCCUUUUUUGUCCCCCAUUUGUCAAAGUGAAAGCUGGACUUUUUAUACUUGUUUAGGAUUUAUUUACUGAAAUAAUCUCGUUUCUUUGGUUUAUAGUAAAUAAUCUCGUUUGUUUGGUUUAUACUUUGCACUAACUUUGUCUACUUUUUCCUCGUAAAGCUCAAAUUUCAAAAGGUAGUUUAUAUGUUCAAGAAGAUAUGUUCGAGUUGUCUAGAUGUUAGUGCAGAUUUGUGAAAUUAAUAAAGAUUUACAUUCAUUAUUUUUAAUCAUAAUAAUCGCCUAUCUUUCUUAGUAUGUGCUGAAGGUGGACCAUUGAUGAAAACUCCUAUAAAAAGCUUUUAGUGAGAAGGCACCACUAACUUGGUAAACUCAAUUAAAACCGAGUUGAUAAAGCCACACUACUAAUCCUUUUUGUUCAGUUCUAAACACUCUUUGUUUUUAGUGUACCACUUUGCAAUAGAUGUAGAUGCAUGACAGAUGAUGCUUAUAUACUAUGAUGAUGAAUGGAAGUAUCAUACAAUGAAAUAUUAUAUGAAUACCUUAAAAGGGUUGUGGAGAUACAUACAACUUGAACAGGGAUGGAAAGAGAUGUAAUCCUUUUAAUUUGACAUUCCUGAUGUUCCAGCAAUGUUGGGCGUAACCGUUGAGAAAAGUAUGUGCUAAUUUACUAUUCUAAAUGAAGAGUAAGCAAGAAGAUUUUGAACCGUCACCACUUUCGUCACUCAUUGGAAUUUCAUUCAGGAACCUAACGGAUGCUGAUGAUAUUCGAAUCACGAGUACGUAUCUUGGUUUCGUCUUACUUCUGUAAGUAUCAAGAGUUUAUAGCAUUACUGCAGAUAAAUCCUACACAAACUUAUUUUGUGUUUUAACUUCCUUCUAUCGAUUUUGUGGAAUUUAAAAAGUUGGUUGAAAAAUGCUCAGUAUAGUAUCUGCAUAAGUUGAUUAUAAGUAUAUACUUGCAGAUGAUCUCGACUCAUGCUUUUCACAUUUACAUACAAAAGCUAUAAAGUGUUAAAUAUUUUGAUUCGUUGCAUAGAAAGUCCGAGCUUUUAGACGUGUUAGUUUGAAACUAAGGAGAAGAAGCAAUUCAGUUGUUUAUCUGACAUUCACAACCAAGUUGUUGUUGUUGUUUUUUUUUUUUAAUUAGAGGAAAAGAACGGUUUAAGUGACAUCACAUAUUUCAUAAUUAAUACUUUUGUAAAAACCUAUACUGCUUUCCUUAAUUCUUUAAUAUUUUCUUCACCUGCUCCACUCUGGGAGGAACCCUAAUUCAACAAGCAAUUCGAAUCUCUCUUUCCCUAGCUACUAAUUGAACUUUUGUAAGAAUUAUAUUUCGUCUCUUAACCCCUUUUUAAAUUCGUAGGCUUAAAUGUUACCUAGGUAUGAUGGUACUUGUAGGCUUAAAUAUGAUGCAAUGAAACCAUACAUAUGAAAAUCUAGAUGCUUCCAUGGAGUUUCAAUGUAUAAUGAAAUUAAGAUAAUGACUUUCAUUAUGUCUUCUGUUAUGGCUUUAUAAUCUCUACAUGAAAAUGUUGCAUGCUGGUUUAUAAUACUUCGGAAAGUUGUUUUUUUUUUGGUUCUCUAGGCAAUGUUGCGUUUGUCAAGCCUCACGUGUAUUCGUAUGUUUAUACUUGCAGGGAAGGUGAAAAUGAGUUAAAAUGACAAAUAAGUUAAAUAGUGGUCAAAUCUAUACAAAAGCUGUUCAGAGUAUCACAUUUCAUUUUCACCAACAGUUACUGAAUUAAUACACUAAAAUAUCUUCUAGAAACUGACAGAUUUGAUGCCCUCAUUUGGUAAAACAUCUUCUUGUUUGAUUUUUCUCUAUUUCUUAAUUAGAUUUUGUUUCUUGAUAUUAUGUCGUUCAAUUUGAAUUUUGUGCACGGAACCUGUGAUCUUCAUUAUAUAGAAGACACAGAAGAAAAAGACAAGAGCUCAAGAUAUGCCAUUGGGUGCAAUACUAAGGCUGAGGGAGAAAGUCUUAUAGGUUUUAAAGAUGGUGGAGAUUUAGAUCAUUUUCUGCACCCACCUCUCCCCUAACCAGCUCCUCCCUAGUGGUCAAAAUCUGUCAUAUCAAGCCUGUCACCAUCAUCAAUAGGGUUUGGUACUAGGGCAUAGUGAUGGCUACUUAUGAACUGCUUCCCAAUUAAAGACAAAAGUAAGAUCGAUUGGUAUGUAUGUGUUUGUCCAUUGGAGACGGCUGUUCCCGAGAUGAUACUGAUCGUUGCUUUAAGACAAGAGGAAGAAUUUACAUUGAAUGAUAUUUUUUCACACUGGCGAAUAGGAAAGAGGCACGUGGUGAAUGGACAUGAAGAGAAAAGGAUGCUAGGUUUAAUAUAAAUUGGAAUAAGAAGCAGUUAGUGGUUGUGAAGGAAGGAGGCAAGUAACCAAAUCUCAGAGACAAUUAUAACAGUAUAGAGAAGGAAGGAAGAAAAAGAAACCAUUGUUGAUUUAGAUACAGAGAAGAUCAUCUAACAUGGGAAGAUCUCCUAUCCGUGAUGACUCUGGUCUCAAGAAAGGUCCUUGGACUCCUGAUGAAGAUGAGAAACUUGUCAACUAUGUCCAAAAACAUGGUCAUAGUAGCUGGAGAGCCCUUCCCAAACUCGCUGGUCUUAACAGGUGUGGGAAGAGUUGCAGGCUAAGAUGGACUAACUACUUGAGACCUGACAUCAAGCGAGGGAGAUUCUCUCCGGACGAGGAACAGACUAUCUUGAACCUUCAUUCAGUUCUUGGAAACAAGUGGUCAACGAUUGCAAAUCAGUUACCAGGGAGAACAGACAACGAGAUCAAGAAUUUCUGGAACACCCAUUUGAAGAAAAAGCUGAUUCAGAUGGGUUUUGACCCAAUGACUCAUCGUCCAAGAACCGAUAUCUUCUCUGGCUUAUCUCAGCUCAUGUCUUUGUCUUCUAACCUGAGAGGCUUUGUUGAUCUGCAGCAACAGUUUCCGAUUGAUCAAGAACACACUAUACUCAAACUCCAAACCGAGAUGGCCAAACUUCAAUUGUUUCAAUACCUUCUUCAACCAUCUUCCAUGAAUAGCAUUAACCCUAAUAACUUUGACACCCUCAGUCUCCUUAACUCUAUUGCCUCCUUCAAAGAGACCAGUACUAAUACCACCAGCAACAAUCUCGACCUCGGUUUCCUCGGUUCAUAUCUUCAGGACUUCAACAGCUUACCUUCCCUGAAAACCCUAAAUUCCAACAUGGAACCAUCAUCUGUUUUACCCCAGAAUCUUGAUGACAAUCACUUCAAAUUCUUCACUCAAAGAGAAAACCUACCGGUGUCUCCAAUCUGGCUCUCGGAUCCCUCCAGCGCAACUCAGAGUCAUAUACCUUCUGCUGUGAAUGAUGAUCUGAUUUUAAACCAAUACGGUAUUGAAGAUGUCAAUAGCAAUAUCACAUCUUCAAGCGGUCAAGAAUCAGCAGCUUCAGCUUCAGCUGCAUGGCCUGAGCAUCUAUUGGAUGAUUCUAUAUUUUCGGACAUUCCUUAGCCCUUCUUUUGUCUUAAUUUUCAGGUCUGUUUUGGAGGAACUCAAAUCGAAUUUACUCUUGGAAUUGUGCUUGUUGGAGAAUUUUAUUUGCAUAUCUAUAUAUAUUGUAGAGGCGUCAUAUAUUCGUACUCAUGUUGUAGAAUGUACAGUACAGAGAUUUCAUAACUCAUAUGCAUGUUGUUGUCAAUGUUCUCUAGCAUAUGUCUGUACCCGUCGCAGAGUUUAUAUAUAUAAGAUUUUUGUGAAAUGGAAA